AUGCCCGGCAAGCGUCUUGUGAGGCAUGGGGCGCGGGGUUCGCAACAGGUGUACAGGAACAAGGUGAAGUUUGAUCCCUACCGCUACAAGUUAGAUGACCAGAAGCUUCCCCCGGGUGUGGUGGCGUUUUUCACUAGUUUGUGCUGCCGCCGCUGCUGCGAAAUCCUACAAUGGAAGGUGGACUACGGCAAGUACAUUCCUCUGGAACGUCAAAGGAAGUGCAACUGCUGUCAGGAAAGGACGGUGGCUAUUGCGUACCACCAUAUGUGCCAGAGGUGUGCAACGGAAACGACGCGCUGCGCCAAGUGCCAGAAGCGCCCAACGCUGGGGGAAUCAGUUACAGACGCCGAAAAGAGAGACAAUGACGCUAGUGUCGGGCGGGAAGCCAAAGCAGCGGUUGAAGAAGAGGAAGAGGAAGAGGAAGAGUAUCAGGUAGAAGAGGCCAUGUCAGCAGGCAUGCCAAAUGGUGAGGUGUCGAGUAAGUACGCCUUUCUGGAGCAGGAAGUCUCAGAUGAGGAGUUCAGGCCGCUGCGUGGAUUAGACAUACGACAGCUGAAGCAACGGAAGGCAGAAUUAGUAAAGCAGCAAGAAAAGGAGCGUGUUGGUCGCCUGCGCGAACGUGAGCGACGAACCGUGCUUCGACGAGCCGUACGAGACCCAGCAGCUGGACAGGAGGCGGAUGACAGCGACGAGGAAAUCUGA